CAUUCACUGUAGUCACAUUGAUUGACACUUUUUACACUAUAUUACACACAAGUUUUUCAUUUUAAAUUGUUUAUUUUGCAAUUGAAACUUUUAAAUCAAUAAAAUAACAUAAUGGGCCAUGGUGGUGAAGAUGAUAAUCUCUUUCGUGCAUUCAUUCAUGCACUAUAUUCCACUAUAGAUGCUCCGGUAGUAUGGUUCAGAGAGAAUAUCGUUGAGCCAAACCAGAAGAAAUAUCCUUGGUAUCAUCAGACCUUCCGCCGUGUACCGACUAUUGAUCAGUGCUAUUCCGACGAUGCCAUCUGCGAUUACGAAGCGAAUGCUCAAUUCAAACGUGAUAAAAUGGUUGAUUCAGAAAUCUUGAGCAUUCUGCGUCAACGCUAUGAAGACUGCAUGCUGUAUGAAUCACCUGAUCACUUGACUAUGUGCAAGCCUCUGCUUGACAAGUACAAAGAUGCUGAAGAAGCCUGGUUCAUCAAAUAUGGGGACCUUGGAGCAUAUUCUGAUGCCAGGAAAGCAUACAUGAAGCAAAAACAUCGUAUGAUUUGGGAAAGGCGCAAUGGUCACCUUUCGGAACAAACGAAAGAAUGAAUUUGUUACCAAAUUUAUUGAUUUAUUAAAUAAGUAGAAAUAUGUAUUUGUCAUUGCAAUAAAAUAAAUAAAUUAGU